GGGAGAAGUCACCAUUAGUUUGAGAAGGGUGAUUUCGUUGCGCAAGGCUAACAAACCCUCACUCCUCGCCAAUAUUCUGCGUUGUCCUCACGUAUUAGGAGGCGGCCUGUUUCAACCUUUUCUUGUCUUCCUCUUCUCUUGUUCUACCUUGCAAACCCCUACAAAUUCACAAGGAGAUAGGCACAGCAGAGAACCUGCUCGGAGCAAAGAUGUCGGCUCCAUCAGACAAUCUUUCGAUCCUUCUUGCCUUGCGCGACUCCCUCAAUGCAUCCAUCGAUGCCCUUUCUUCGCUCACGCCAGAAGAGCGAUCCCAGGCAUCCAGUGUCAACAAAGUACGCCAGCAGAUAUGGUCCACCGCCACUCGAAUUGCAAGCGAGACAGUCAAUCCUUCGCAAGAAGCGACCCUUAUCGCCUUCAUGCCAUGGCUGAAUGCGGUCGUACGGACUGCGUUGGAGCUGGACCUUUUCAACCUUCUUGGACAAUAUACGACUGCAUCCGAGCUUGCGCAGAAGACCGGAGCGGACGUAACAUUGAUAGUGCGCAUCAUGCGGGUCCUAACGGGCUUUCACAUUGUGUUGGAGCUUGGGGAGGAAGCGUAUGCGGCGACGCCUGUUUCGCGAGCUCUAACUAUGCCAGCCACCGCCGACUUGAACAAGCACAUAUUUGACAGUAGCUGGGGCUGUAUUGGAAAGAUGCCUGCUUACCUGGCUGAGCUUGGUUACAAGAACCCCGACCAGCCUGACAAUACACUCUCGCAUUAUGCAACAGGGACUGACUUCUUUGCGUAUCUACGCAACGACCCCGUUCGACUCGUUCGUUUCAACUCCGCCAUGAAAGGUGCCGCCACAUUACUCGCGAGCCCUGUCCCGAGCUCCCUUCUCGCGUCUGAAGGAAACGGGAAUGGCGUGGUAAUGGUCGAUGUAGGCGGGGGCCAUGGUCAAGUGACCCAAAGGGUCAUGGAAGAGAAUCCGCAUCUCAAAGGGCGCUUCAUUGUGCAGGAUCUCGGCGCUAUUAUCGACGAGGCACGUGCCAGAAAUCCCAAGUACGAGGUCAUGCAGUACGACUUUUUUACUCCACAGCCUAUUCAUGGAGCGCGGAUCUACUUCAUGCGUCGUGUCCUGCACGACUUCCCGGAUUCGAAAUGCCGCGAGAUCCUGACGAAUCAGAUCCACGGCAUGGUCAAGGGCCAGUCAAAAUUGCUCGUCUGCGAGACUGUCCUGCCGGCUGUGGGGUGCAGCGGCUUCGAGUCGCUCGCGGACAUCAGCCGGACUACCUUCAGCUCAAUGCAACGGAGCGAAAAGCAGUGGACGGCGCUGCUGGCGAGUGUAGGCCUCAGGGUUGUCAAGAUAUGGCCUGCUAAAGAAAAGGGACCAUUUGCUGUUAUUGAGUCAGAGCUCGAAUGAACCCCCUUAUGCAUUGAGACAUCGCCGUUCGGCGAUGUCCUGUGGAUAAAGGAGAGUUCAGUGAGAAGAACUGGAAUCUCUAUCUUCGCCAUCGUACUCGGAUGUUUCCGUUCUCGACAACGAUAUCUAUUCUCGUAGCGAGCUUGAAUAGGGACUGAUUGCUGUACAUGCAUUUAACAAAAAU